AUGGUUGACACUCCCUCCAAGUCUGACGCCAAGAUGGAUAAGGGCAUCGGUAACAUCAAGGAAACUGCCGGUUCCGCUGUCGGUAACCAAUCUCUCGAAAACAAGGGCAAGGCCCAGCACGGUGAAGGCCAGACCCAGGAAACUGCUGCCAACAUCACCGGUUACGUCCAAGGUAUGGCCAACCAGGCCAGCGGUGCCGUCAAGGGUGCCAUCAACUCUCUCACUGGUAACACCACCGAAGAAACCGGUAACAAGGCCGAAAAGAAGAAGGGUGAAGCUCAGCAAAGCUUCUACUCCUAA